AUGCCCCUAAGGGCCCUACCGAUUCCGCCCAUCCAACCCGACGGGGCUCCCCGGAUGGUUUAUACGCACCAGCCCUUUUAUACUGCCGACCUAGUAACCUGGUCAAAUCAAAUGCCCUCUCUAAGGGAUGACCCAGAUAAAUGCCAUCGCCAGAUCAGCGCCAUCUUUUCCACUCACAACCCCACUUGGCCAGAUGUCCACGUUCUUUUAAACGCCCUAUUCAAUGAAGCUGAAAAGGCGGACAUUCUGACCAAAGCCGGAGAGGCCAUAGAGUCACCGGACUACCAGAGGGGACGUCCCGCGGCAUUAGCGGCCCUCUCAGCCCAGUGCCUGCGUAUAGAACCUACAUGGGACUACAAUACCACCAACGGGAUUUGGUGCUUAAAUCUAUUUAAAAGGGCUAUCUUAGACGGUGUAAAAGCCGCUGGACAGCGUACUGUCAACUGGACCAAGGUCCAAACUGUACUACAGGGACCAAAUGAACAUCCAUCGGAUUAUUACACUAGACUGGUCUCCGCCAUCAAGACCUGGGGAGGGAUAGACCCGGAGAACCCCCAACAUGAAGUAAUCGUUAAGGGUUUCUUCAAAGACCAGGCCAGCCCAGAUAUAAGAAAAGCCCUGAAUCUCCAAAUAGGAUAUGAUGGGAAGAGCGUUAGCGAAAUCUUAUCCAUCGCCAAAUCAGUUUAUAACUCUCGGGAUGAAAGGAAACGAAAGGAAGCAAAACCUGAGACUGAACACAUCUUAGCGCUGAGCAUGGAGCCUAACUCCAGCCGGGGCAGAAGUUUUAACCGAGGAAGAGGGGGCCGGGGAGGAGGACCCCCCGCUCCCCACAGACCAUGGGGACCCAACACCGGAGGAUGCUAUUACUGCCAAGAAGAGGGACACAUAAAGAGGUUUUGCCCCUACCUAAACCCCACAACCUAUGGAGUACAAGGCUCUAAACCCUUUCCGGCUCAGACCAAUUAUCCUCCUUUCCCGAUGCGCCCACAUUCCAACAUAACCCAGGGAUAUGGCAACCAACAACCCACUAUGCAAGCACCUCCAAACCACCGACCUCAACCGGGCACACAGGUUCAAAUGCCCGCUAUGACUCCAGCCACUCAUUCUUGGGCAAAUGCCACCGCUCCUCCCUUACACCCCCAACCAGCCACCUCCUGAAGAUCAAGACACAUACUGACAAUUAAAGGGAAUCUCAGUCCGGCCCAAGCCAUCUACCCUGUCCUAGCAUUAUCGCCAGAUGACCCUAUCUGCACGAUUGAGAUCGAUGGCCACCCCUAUCGAUGUUUAUUAGAUACGGGAGCUACGUACUCGACCCUGACUAGCAGCCACCUAGAACCCGGGUCAGAAACCAAGAAAGUUAUGGGACUGGACGGGAUACCCCGCACUUGCCCUCUCUCACAACCGGCCAAAGUCACCCUCGGACCCUUAUUGGCGGAACACACCUUCCUCCUAACGAGCAGCCCAGUGAAUCUCCUUGGCAGAGACCUACUCUGCAAACUCAAUGCCACCAUAAAAUGUUCUGAAGAUGGCAUCUACCUGUACAUGCCCGAAGACUCUGUCCCUGCCUUUCAAGGCAUGGUAUUAGAGGAAAAAUUAGAUCGCCAGUUUCCCGAACUUCCCCCAGAACUAGAGAAUGAAUUACCCCCUUCACUGUGGGGCACGGAAUCAACUUCUGUAGGAUUGCUAUUAUCUGCCACCCCGGUAAGGAUUACCUAUAGAACUGAUCGGCCCUUCCCUUGCACCAAGCAAUACCCUCUACCCAAAGAAGCAAUCGACGGACUGACACCUAUGAUAGAAGAUUUCCUCAGCAAAGGGAUCCUUGUUCCCUGUGCGUCACCUUGUAACACCCCAGUGCUCCCCAUAAAGAAACCCUCCACAGAAGGAGCCCCAGUCCGGUACCGUUUUGUCCAAGACCUAAGACUGGUAAACCAAUUCGUAAUACCCCGCCACCCAGUCGUGGGCAACCCUAACUCCCUCUUAAAUGCCAUCCCGGCGGGAACAACCUGGUACUCUGCAGCGGAUCUAUGCUCCGCCUUCUUCAGUAUACCCUUGGACCCCGCCAGCCAAUUCCUUUUUGCAUUUACCUGGGGACCCAGCCAGCUAACUUGGACAAGGCUGCCCCAAGGCUACGUAGAAUCACCCGCGAUCUUUUCCGCCAUAUUACACCAGGACCUACAGGACGUGUGCCUGCCUGCUAACUCCGCCCUCCUUCUCUACGUAGAUGAUAUUUUAUUGUGCUCUACUAGUGAAGAGGCAUGCAAAUUAGACACCAAAUAUCUCCUCUCAGAACUAGCCCGGAAAGGACACAAGGUGUCCCCUAAGAAGUUACAAUAUUGUAAACAGGAAGUAAAAUACCUCGGACACAUCCUAGGAGUGGGUACCCGAAGCCUAGCCACCGACAGAAUCGAGGCCGUUACCAGAAUUCCCCUCCCUAAGACUAAGCGGCAAUUACGCGGCUUCCUUGGUAUGGCAGGCUUCUGCCGAGCAUGGAUUGCCGGCUAUAGCGAAAUAACGAAGCCUUUAACCGCUAUGACCCGCCAAGACCACCCAGAUACCCUGGUCUGGGAAGAGGAAGCUUAUAAAUCCUUCGAACGCUUAAAAAGAGAAUUACGGUCCGCUCCUGCUUUAGGACUGCCAGACUACCGGACUCCUUUUAACCUGUUCAUCCAUGAACAAAUGGGAGUCGCCUCAGGGUCCUAA